AUGGAACACAUUUCGAGUUGCCGCAAAGCCUUGAGCGAAUGGAGGAGACAACAUAAUGUUAAUUCCGCGAAAUUGGUGGAGGAGCUUAAGGAGAAAGUGGAGGGCCUAUAUGCUGAUGAUAAUGCUAUAACUGAAGUGAUUGCAGCAGCUCUGAAGGAACUAUCUGAUGCUCUUAAAGCAGAAGAAAUGUUCUGGAAACAGAAGAGUCGAGUGUUUUGGUUGCGUGAAGGGGACAUAAAUACAAAAUUCUUUCAUGCUUUGACGAAGCAAAGACGGGCCCGGAACAAGAUAACGCAGCUCUGGGAUGUAAAUGGUAAUGUUGUAGAGGAUGAAGAAGGAUUAGUAGCCAUUGCUACAAGCUAUUUUAGACAGAUUUUUGAAUCGUCUAAUCCAGAGGAUAUUGAAGAAGAAUUGGCUCAGAUUCCUACGACGAUUACUGGAGCAAUGAAUGACAAUCUGACAUGCCCGGUCACUGAAUGGGAGAUCAAAGUAGCGCUUUUUUCCAUGCAUCCCGAGAAGGCUCCAGGCCCGGAUAGGAUGACUGCGCUUUUUUACCAGAAAUUCUGGGAUAUUGUGAAGGAUGAUUUAACUCAUAUGGUUAAUAUAUUUCUUUUUGAGGGGACUGUGGCAGCGGGCUUGAAUGAUACGAAUAUAUGCCUCAUCCCGAAGACUACAAAGCCUAAUGAAAUGACCCAAUUUAGGCCAAUUAGCUUAUGUAAUGUAAGUUACAAGAUAAUCUCUAAGGUCUUAUGCCAGAGAUUGAAGAGAGUACUGCCAGGCUUGAUAUCAGAAACUCAGUCAGCUUUUGUGGCAGGAAGACAAAUCCCAGAUAAUAUUAUGAUAGCCCAAGAAAUGUUCCACGCCCUGAGAACGAAACCAAGUGGUCGAAACAAAAGAAUGGCUAUCAAGACGGACAUGAGUAAAGCAUACGACAGGAUGGAAUGGUCAUUUAUUGUGGCUGUCAUGCGAAAGAUGGGCUUCUCGGAAACAUGGAUCGCUUGGAUAAUGCGAUGCAUUACGUCAGUUAAGUACAAGCGAAUCAGUGCAAAUAGUAGGCAAGAGAUUAAAGAUGUACUUGGAAUCCAAAAUGAAGGAGGAAUGGGAACCUACCUUGGUAUCCCGGAAGACAUAAGUGGGUCUAAGUGCAAGCUCUUUGCGUUUCUCAAGGAUAAGCUCAUGCAUAGAGUGAAUGGUUGGACAGAUAUGCGAAAACUAGCAGCGGCUAUUGCUAAAUUUUGGUGGAAUUCAAAUCCACCGAAACGUGGAAUGCACUGGGCGAAAUGGGAAAAAGUAUGGAGGCUUGUCCAGUUCCUUGACUCUUUGGUAGCCCGGGUGUUGAAAGGAAGAUAUUAUAGGUUGUGCUCACCACUAAGUGUAAUCCCAGCUAUUAGCCCAUCAUAUGUGUGGACUAGUAUCUCGGCGGCAAGGAAGUUGUUGAUGAUGGGAAUCAGACAGAAGGUACACUCAGGAUAUGAAGUCAAGAUCUGGCAGGAUCCGUGGAUUCCAACGGUGCCGGCGAGAGCAGCUCACCCUGUGGCCCCAGUUAUGAACCCCAACAUGAGAGUGAGCGAUCUCAUUAAUCAGGAGUCGAAGGAUUUGGAUGUGAGUCUUUUGGAGAAAUACGUCAAUCGGGAUGACAUACCUCUUAUAAGGAGCUUAGCCAUAAGCUCGGCCCACCGACGGGACACAUUUUGCUGGAGCUACACAAGGAAUGGACAAUACACGGUCAAAUCUCGAUAUUGGGUGGCUCGGACUUUAUUAAAGCCAGAGGAAGAAAAGGAAGUCGUGGAGCCAAGUAUUACUGAGAUUCAAGCCUUUGCUUGGAAGCUGAAGGCGCCGAAGAAGAUAUGUCAUUUUAUAUGGCAAUUGUUAACUGAUGAUGUGGCAGUAACAAAGAACUUAGUAAGACGCAAGAUGAGGUGUGAUAACUACUGUCCAAGAUGCGGAGAACCUGAAGAAUCAGUAACCCAUGCCAUUUUUGAGUGUCCACCAGCUAUGUAG